ACACAACGAAGAAGAAGAAACCCGGCAGUGUGAAUUCGAUCAACAACGUGAGGAGAUGGAGGGACGAACAGAUGACAUCAUGGUGGGCUCAUCAAACAGGAAGUCCUCUGCCAUCACAGGAAGUGCCAGAAAGAUCAAAGACAACGCAGCGGACUGGCACAACCUGAUGCUGAGGUGGGAGAAACUCAACGGUGAAGGAUUCACGGUGGCGGGAAACAUCGUCAACAUCAGACUGGCACGCUCGCAGAACGAUCAGCUGCUCCUGGAGUCUCCAUCAUCAUCAUCAUCAUCAUCAUCAUCAGCUCCCUCCCAGCAGACAGGGGGCGCCGCAGAGCUGCAGGAUGAAUGCAACAAGCUACAGGACAUUGUCAACAAAAUGGUCGCCGUGGUGACAAAGAUGGAGCGUCUGAUGACAUCACAGCGAGGCGUUCAGGAGCUGGAGGAGUUUCAGUUCGGAGCAGAGGGGAGAAAGAUUCCUCUGUUUCACGGCUGGAGCACCAAACACUUCGAGAACUCGUCCUCUGAACUGUUGGACUCGUUCCGUCAGGAGCUGAAGUUGAAGCAGACCAUUCUACAGGAAGUAGCCCACACGGUGACCUCUGACCUCUCCAUGGUCUACCUGUCCUGCUGGCUUCACCUGCCCUACAUCCCCGCCCACAGCAGACUGACGCUGGAGGCCAUGCUGCUGGAGACUGGGCACCGCCCACUAUGAUGAUGCCAUCAGACUGGGCACCGCCCACUAUGAUGAUGCCAUCAGACUGGGCACCGCCCACUAUGUUGAUGUCAUCUUACUCAAACACCCACGAUAUCUACAUGUCGAAGCCGUCUGGGCUGUUAACAUUGACUGGAGAGAAUGUGUCGUGUGGCGGCCAUAUUGAAGAGGUGCCAUCAUGGCUGAGGAUGAAUGUGGGUCAGUGAGGGUGGGAGAUCUGGCCCACCUGAUGUGUUUGGUUGGGUUGGGGGAGGAACGUGUUUUAAAUUUCUGUUAAAACUCCUAAAAAUUGUCUAAGUUGCACAAAAACAUUGGCAACAGAAACUCUGCUGGUAUUCUGUCAUAGACUCGUCCUAAUGUAUUUAGAUAAUAUAUAUAUAUUUUUAUCUGUUUUAUUUAUUUCUGCUCUUUAAUUUUCUGCUUUGAAAAAGAAAAACUGACCUUCAGCUGAUAUGAUGUAAACACUCAUGUUUGUACAGUAUGAAUGCAGCCUCUAAUAAAACCACGCUCCUUUCUAACGUUA